AUGUCUAGAUAUGAAAGGUUUGAAAUGCAAUCAAAGGAAUCUAUAGAGGAAAUGUUUACUAGGUUCAAUGAUAUUAUUAAUGAAUUGAAUUCCCUUGGCAGACACAUUCCUAUUGAUGAACAGGCAAGGAAAAUCUUAAGGAGCCUACCACAAGAUGAGCGAUGGAGAUCCAAGGUUACUGCCAUGCAAGAAGCCAAGGACUUCACGAAGUUUAACAUGGAACAACUAGCUGGAUCAUUGAUGACUCAUGAACUUCACCUGAGUUCCAAUACUGAAAGUUCCAAGAACAAGAGUCUUGCUCUUAAGGCUCAAGACUUAGAGGAAUCGGAAGCUGAUGAGGAUGAAAUGGCAAUGCUAGUUAGAAAGUUCAAAAGGAUGAUGAACUACAAGAAGUCUGAUAGGAACAAGAAGUAUGAAAGUUCCAGAAACACAACUUGUUUCAAAUGUGGGUCUAAAGAUCACUUCAUCAAAUAUUGUCCACUACCAGAUGGUGAGAAAGGAAAGACAAAGGUCAAGGGGCAAUCCAAAGAUUCAAGAGUCUAUAAGCCUUACUUCACCAAGGACAAUGUGAAGAAAGCCAUGCUAGCUGCUUGGGGAGUUUCGGAUUCAGAAGAAGAGGAAGAUCAACCGUUAGAGGAAACUGCGCAUCUAUGCUUGAUGGCAAAAACUGAUGAAAAAGAAAAAAUGAAGGAACUAGAAUCUGACGUAUGGUUUUCUAAAAAAGAACUUAGACAUUUCUCUAAAGAAAACUUAAUAUUUGUUGUUUUAGAAAUUCCAGAAGAAUUGAAAGAAUUGCAUAGAGCUAAACAGCAAAGUGAUGAAGCUUUGGUUAAGUGUCCUAAGAAAGAAAAGAAUACACAGAAAAAUGAAAAACAUUUUCCAGUGAGGGGGAACAACACUUGGUACCUCUAUAGUGGUUUUUCUAAGCACAUGACUGGAGAUAAAUCUAGAUUUUUCUCAGUGGAUGCCUACUAUGGGGGAACUGUGACCUUUGGUGAUAACAUGACAGGAGAUAUAGUUGCUAUUGGCAAAGUAGGAAGAAUCAUUCACAAUGACACCGGGAACAUUAUUUUAGAAGGAACUCGUAAAGGGAACACAUAUGUUGUGGAUCUUAACAAGGUUCCUAAUAGAAGUUUAACUUGUCUUAGUGUCAUUGAGGAUGAUCCUCUAUUAUGGCACAAGAGAUUUGGCCAUGCAAGCUUUACAUUACUUGAUAAAUUGAGAUCUAAGGAACUAGUGGAAGGACUUCCUUGCAUUAAGUUCUUGUAUGACAAAGUGUGUGAUGCUUGUGUUAGAGGAAAACAGACUCGAGUUUCUUUUAAGUCCAAGAAAAUGGUAAGUACCAAAAGACCUUUGGAACUUAUUCAUAUGGAUCUAUGUGGUCCUAUGAGAAUCCAAAGCAGAAGUGGUAAGAGAUAUGUUAUGGUCAUUGUUGAUGACUUUUCAAGGUUUACUUUGGUUUUCUUUCUUGUUAGUAAAGAUGAAAUAUUUGAUGUAUUUGUAGCCUUUGUAAAGAAAGAACAGAGAAGAACAGGUAAUCCAUAG